AUGAAAAAUCUUAUUGAUAAAAGAUACGAAAUUUCGAUGAUUGAAGAGCAAUUUAACACACCUGAGACAUUUUCGACAGAUGAAGAACAAUUUAAAAUCAUGUCUGAAAUGAAUCAACAAAUUGAAGUAUAUGCAGCUGUUAUCCACAGUGCUUUUAAUCUAAAUCAAUUGAUUAUUGUCAUCGAAAAAGCCUCAAAAUUGAUAGAAAUUCUCGGAACAUCAAAAUUAACACCAAGAAAUUACUAUAUGAUAUAUCAUACUGUAUCAACUUCUUUAUUGCAAAUUAAUUCAACACUUCAAGAUGAAACUAGAUUUCCAAAUAGAGUCAUUUCAGAAUUAUAUGAAACAGUUCAAUACUUAUCCGGUUGCAUGCAGCGAUUAUACCUCAUGAUUACCAUUGCUCCUGAAUUAUCACGUCGCAAAAUUGUUAGAAUUGUUGAUGUACUUGACGACCUUUCAGAUAUGACUCGAGCUGCGCAAGAUCCGAUUAGAGCUCUCUUUUUGCGUCAUUAUUUACUCUCAAUUUUCAAACAGUAUUUACCAGAUUCUACAGAAAGUGAUACAGAGAAAUCACUUACAUUCCUUCUGAACAACUUUGCGCAGAUGAACAGAAUGUGGGUUAGAAUUGAAGAUAUCAUGGCUUCCGAUGAGCGUAAAUCCCAAAGAAAAGAGUUCUCUGUACUCAUUGGUACUAAUAUACAGCGUAUUUCCUCUUUAAAUGGCAUUACUGUUGAUAGUUACACAAAUAUUAUUUUGCCAUUCAUUGCAAAGCACGUUGAGCUCUGUGAAGAUGCGAUGGCACAAGAUUUCAUCUUGAGAUCUAUCAUUCACGCGUUCCCAGAAGAGUUCCACAUCGCUACAAUCGAUCAAUUGUUCACUGUCAUCGGAAAAGUCGAACAAGGCGUUCAAAUCCUUGAAAUUGUCAACCAGCUCCUUGAACGUUUCCUUCUUCUCAUUGGUCAUCACUUCGAUUCUACAAAGAGUACGGCAGUUUUCGUUACAAUUGCGAAAAACAUCGAAGAACUGUUCAACGCUGAAGGACAUCUCUCUUUAACAUCGAAAUUCGAAACACUCCAGCGUUUGCUCAAGUUCGCUUUGAAGAUUAAUUCAAGUGAUAUCAAGAACGUAAAGAACCUCAUGAAAUUCACAGAUUUCCAUAUAGACUUGGCUAUCGGCGACGAUGCGUUAACUGAUAACGAAGCUUCCCUUGAAUUAAUGAAAUUCUUGCAAGUUCCAUUAGUUUUCUUGGAAUCGGCUCAAUACUUGUACAAGAUAGAGUACUUGCCUGUAUUAGUCAGAAGACUUAAAUCUGAGCAUAGAUUGGUCGUUGCAGACAUUAUUGUAAAAUUAUUUAUUUCAUCCGCAACGGAAAUCACUUCUGAAGAUGAAUUAUCAUUCUACUUGAGAUGUGCAGGCGCUGUGGUUCGAGAAAGUAAAGGAUCAAGCGCUUUCUUCUCAAUUAUUCAUUUGAUAAAAGGUUCAACGCACAGACAGACAUUAGAAUUGAUUAAACAGUUCUAUACAAGUUUGGAUGACAUCACUGAAGUGGUGGCACAGAAGUUUAUCAUACCAAUUGGCAAUAUUUUGUUGCAUUUUAUGCAAAUUUCGCCAAUUGACUUCGAUUUGGCCUUAGAUUUCCUCAGAAGAUAUUUGAAUGAUAAUGAUCAAUCAUAUCCUGCACAAACAGCUAUGGUUUAUAUCGAUGCUUUCAAGUUUUGUUCAAAUUUGGAAAAAUUCGAUAUUGCAAAGGAGUUUUUAGGAAACAUAAUAGAUAUAUUGCCAAGAGUAGAAGGAACUAUAAAUAUUUACACGGUUUCCCUUGCUGCAGCUAAUUUCUUUGACUCUUAUGAAAUGAAAUCUUCUGCUUUGCUUGAAGCAAUCAGGACAAUGGUAGGAAGACUUGUUCCUCUGAGGAAGCACAUUGAAGCUCUUCGUAACGUUAUCCUUCUAACUUGGACAAAAACAGAAAGAAAAGAUAUUUUGAAAGAAGAUUUGGAGAAUAUGCUUGAAGUCGUGACAAAUAAUAUGUCGUGCGAUAUAGGUGAACGAUUGAAAGCAUUGUAUUCUGUUUUGGAUCUAACAACGAUGCUUAUCGACAAAGGUGUUCAAAUUGAUGACGAAUACCUUGAAAAAGUUUGCACAAUUAUAUCGAAGAAUCAUAGAAUCAUAUUGGAUUCGAAGAUUAGACUGGGUUGGGCUGUUUCUUACAACAGCAAGAUUCAUUAUAUCAGAUUAGCUCACCACAUUCAAGAUUCCGGAUAUAUCAAAGAGGAUGAGGAAAAGUAA